GGAGGGAUCCGGGGCGCCCGGGCCGCGCACUCACAGCCGCGGUCUGGACACGUCGGGUGGGCGCCGGGUCGGGUUUCCUGCUCCUGCCCGGGUUCGGACACGUGCCUCCUCCUUCGCCCUCCCAGGCGUCCGAGCGGGAGGGCCCCGGCGGGUCCCCGCAAGUUCGGGGUGCCCCCAAGUUCGGGAACCCCGCGAGCCCGGGUCCCCGCGAGUCCGGGCCUCCGCGAGUCCCGGGUCCGAGCGGUCUGGGGGCGGCGGCCGGCUGCUCCAGCGGCUCCGGGCCGGACGGGCGCGGAGAGCAGGAGAGGGGGUCCUUCCUUCGGGAAGAUGAGGAAGCCCGACGGGAAGAUCGUGCUGCUGGGGGACAUGAACGUGGGCAAGACGUCGCUGCUACAGAGGUACAUGGAGCGGCGCUUCGCGGACACGGUCAGCACGGUGGGCGGUGCUUUCUACCUGAAGCAGUGGCGCUCCUACAACAUCUCCAUCUGGGACACCGCAGGGCGGGAGCAGUUCCACGGCCUGGGCUCCAUGUACUGCCGCGGGGCCACCGCGGUCAUCCUCACCUACGACGUCAGCCACCCGCAGAGCCUGCUGCAGCUGGAGGACCGGUUCCUGGGCCUGACGGACACGGCCAGCACCGACUGCCUCUUCGCCAUCGUGGGGAACAAGGUGGACCUCGUGGAGGGGCCGGCCGCAGAGAGCCUGGAGCACGGGCAGGCUCCCGGGGCGGCGGGGGGCGGCGGCAGAGCGCCCCAGGCGCCCCGGCAGGUGCGGCCGGAGGAGGCGGUGGCCUUGUACAAGAAGAUCCUCAAGUACAAGAUGCUGGACGAGAAGGACGUGCCGGCCGCCGAGGGCUGCCGCUCUGCCCGGCGCACACCGGAGAGCCAGGGACCCAGCGGUGGGCCGCAGCCCGUGACGCCCGUGCCGAGAGCUGGCGGAGGGGGCGUCCCUUCUCCCCGCCUGGGCUGCGCAGCCCGAGGCCCCUGUGUGGACUUCCUCGCGGGUUCCUGCCAGCCUGAGCCGUCAGCGGUCCGUGGUGGGAACGCCCUCAGGACCUGGCAGGCCCCCUCCGUGCCCUGA